GCAUGAGUGUGUGUGUCAGACAGCCAUGAAGAGGAUGCUUGCUCUCUUCUGCUUAAUUUCACUGGCAGCGCUUCUAACGGAUGCAUGGAGACCAUCACAACCACGACUGCACUUCCAACACUCAGAGCUGAUGCGGAGCGGCAGGCUCAUAUCUCUGUCUGUGCCCGCUGGGGAUCUGAACUCUCUGUUGCCAGAUGAAGAUGGUCGUCGUCUUUACAUCGGUAUGAAAGACCAUCUGCUGUCCACCAGCCUGGAUGAUAUUACACAAACCCCCUGCAAGAUAUACUGGCCUGCAAGUCCAGAUCAGAUCCAGAACUGUAUCAUGGCUGGAAAAAACCUGCAGAUGGACUGUGCAAACUUCUUGCGUGUGUUAGAGCUGUAUAACCAAACACAUCUUUACGCCUGUGGGACUGGAGCAUUCAACCCUCGCUGUGCCUUCAUCCCCACCAACCUUUUCUUCAGGGCUGAGGAACAAAUGCUGCAGUAUGAAGACACUGAAUCAGGGAAGGGAAAAUGUCCUUAUGACCCUCACCAGAGAACAGCUACUGCCAUCAUAGACGGAGAGCUGUACGCUGGCAUCUCAUCUGACUUUCUAAGUCAUGAUACCGCUUUUAUUCGGAGUCUGGGGGAGCGACAUGUGAUUCGCACUGAACAAUACGACUCCACAUGGCUGCAAGGCGCUGAAUUUGUACAUGUUGCAGAGAUGUCAGAGAGUGAUAAUGAGGAGGAUGAUAAGGUCUAUGUGUUCUUCACUGAGCGCACCCAGGAGGCAGAGGGGGCUGCUGGGAAGGUCCUCUAUUCUAGAGUCGCCCGCGUCUGCAAGAAUGAUAUUGGUGGUCAGCGUAGUUUGGUUCAUAAAUGGAGCACCUUUCAGAAAGCUCGUAUUGUUUGCUCUGUACCAGGACCCGACGGCAUACAGACACACUUUGACAAACUCCAGGAUAUUUUUAUUCAGCGUGGAAAGGAAAAAAAGAACCCCCUCAUCUAUGGGCUCUUCACCACUACCAGCAAUGUCUUGAAUGGAUCUGCUGUGUGCGUUUACAGAAUGCAAGACAUUAUUAGAGCUUUUAAAGGAAAUUUCCUUCAUAGGGAGGGUCAACAGUACAAGUGGACGGAGUAUACAGGCAAAGUUCCCUAUCCCAGACCCGGCACAUGUCCCAGCAGCACAUAUGGAGGGUUCAAAUCAACAAGGGAAUAUCCUGAUGAUGUCAUCUUCUUUAGCCGCAAACAUCCUUUAAUGCAGGAAGUGGUAAAUCCACUUGGGGGUCAUCCUUUGCUCAUCAGAGUGGGCGUGCCUUAUAAACUGACCCGCCUCCUUGUGGACAGAGUGCAGGCGGUGGAUGGACAAUAUGACGUGCUGUUCAUUGGCACAGAUUCUGGCCUGGUUCUGAAAGUGAUUCACCUCCCUAAAGCCAACGGACAGAAUCAGGAGAUCACUCUGGAACAGCUGCAGGUUUUUAAGAACAAGUCACCAAUCACUGCCAUGACGCUGUCCAAGAAAAAGCAGUGGCUGUUUGCUGGAUCAGCAGAGGGUGUGGUUCAAUUGGGUUUGUUCCACUGCGAUUUGUACGGCCAAGCCUGCGCUGAAUGCUCUUUUGCUAGAGACCCAUACUGCACCUGGGAUGGCCACUCUUGCAGCCCUUAUAUGCCAACUGCACGCAGAAGAAACAUUCGUCAUGUUAAUGAUGACGGCAACCUGCUGAAACAGUGUGUCAGACAGGGAGCUGGUCUUCAGGUGGAGGCAGAGGUGAAGACAUUAGUUGUUGCCAUGGGUAACAGCACCUACCUGGAGUGCCUACCCAAAUCUCACCAUGCCACAGUCACCUGGUUUAAAGACAUAGGCGAGAACAGCCUGGAGCAACAUAAGGUCACAUCUGGGGAGCAGCUGGUUGUCAUUGACAUGGGCAUCCUCAUUCCCCGGGCUGAGCUCAAUCUCGGCGGCGUUUAUCACUGUCAGCUAGAAGAACAUGGAUUCCGCUGGACAGCCGUUACUAUUCGUUUAAUUGUGUGGAGCCCCACAUUUGUCUCCGCCCAGCCAUGGUACCAGGAUGUGAUGGCAUUGAUCAACCACGGCAAACUGGAGCGACACUGCAAAGAACUCAGUCAGCAUCACAACAACAAGGAAUCAGGGAAUCACAAGCAUAACAAACAGGACAGAAAGAGAGCAGACCGGCACAGGCACAGAGGAGGGGGAGAGAAGGAGAAAGGAAGGGGGCGGAAGAACCGAAGCCGAAUGCAGGGUUCAGCACAGAGGCUGCCAAGGAGCGCAUAGAACAAAUCGCAGGUGUUUACAAAGCUGCUCAAAACAAAAGAAUACAACAAAACAUGCAAUAUACAGUAUAUUCACAAUACAUUCAAGUAUGCAUGACAUCAUGUUAACAGACAUUUGCUUUGUUUCAAAUCCUAAUGAGCUGCCUGUAUGCGGCAGCAUUGUCAAGCAACAAGCUCAAAAAUACAUGCAAGAUGGGAAUUUUUUUUUAUCAACUUAUAUUUCUUUCAAUUCA